AUGGCUUUCUACCAACCCCAACAAGCUGCGCAUCAACCUAAUCCAGACUUCUUCGUCGAACAUGUCGACGCCCCGCAACCUCCCCAGAUGGGCACCCGCGAAGCUGCCAAGAUGAUCGCCAGGCAACGCCAGGAGAUCAUCGCUGGUGAACUCUCCCGUCUUGCGGCUGAUGAGUACCUGGAGGAUAUCAUGAAUCACAUGAGACACAUGGAGGACGAGACACUACCGGACGCCAACUUGAUUGACAUGCAGCGUGAGAUCCAGUGGUACAUGAGACCAUACCUCAUCGACUUCCUUAUUGAGGCUCAUGCUGCCUUUGCCCUACUACCGGAGACUCUCUUCCUAACCGUCAAUCUCCUCGACCGAUACUGCUCUCGGCGGGUUGUGUACAAGCAGCACUACCAGCUCGUUGGCUGCGCGGCGCUCCUCAUUGCGGCUAAAUAUGGCGAUAAGAAGGAUCGUGUUCCUCAAAUCCACGAACUCAACAACAUGUGCUGCGGCCUCUACGAUGCGGGCAUGUUUGCCCAAAUGGAGAUGCAUGUUCUCAACACGUUGGAGUGGAACAUCGGUCAUCCCACCGUCGACUUCUUUUCCCAGCUACUCAUCGCCGAGGAACAGGAUAAGGUUGAGGUGGAACACAUGGCGUCCUACAUCUGCGAGAUUGCCCUUUACCAUCGGGAUUUCGUCUCGACCAAGCCGUCGGUCAUGGCGCGUUCGUCUCUCGCCCUAGCAAGAGCCAUCCUUGGCGAGCCCGAGGUCAAUGAUGGCGAGUGGGAUCACGUGGAGAAUCUUACCUUGCUGACGUUGUCACGGCAUCUUCACCAGCCGUCCGUGGCGUUGGCCCGAAAGUAUUCCUCGCCUCAUCACUUGUGCGUAUCGAAGAAGUUGGCAGCAUUCAUGGCCCAUCAGGCUAGCAUUGCCCGAGCUCAAUCCGGCCCGCCGUCGCCGCCGUCCGAACCCGCCAAGCAAGCCGACAUUUACAGCACGCCACAGAAGGGCCACGGCGCUGUCCAGGGUGUUGCCGACGGCUACAUGACGCCCCCGAUAACCCCCGACGGGUCUGGCUACGCGAAUGGUCCGAAAGAACAAUACUAUCCCGUCGCACCCCGGUGUCCCGUUACCCCAUCACCGCAACCUCACCACGUCGUCUACCAGCAACAGCACCUGCAGCAGCGGUACGCGGCCUACCCACACGACCCUAUGGGCCAGAUGGUAUGA